AUGACCUCCAGCUUGCUCGAGACGGGCAGCACCGCUCUCAUCCGCAACACCGCCGCCCAGCAGCUUGCCGACGUCCAGAAGCAGCAUCCCGAUGAGCUUUUCAACCUGCUCGGGCGCAUCCUGCCCUAUCUCCGCUCCAAGUCCUGGGACACCCGGACGGCUGCCGCCAAGGCCAUUGGCCUGAUCGUGACCAACGCCGACACCUUCGAUCCCAAUGAGGAAGACGGCGAAACGAUCAAGAAGGCCGACGACGACGACGAUGCGGCGGAUGUAGCGAUCAAGUCCGAGGAGGAACAACCCUCGUCUCCCGGGGAGUCGUUGCUUCAACUGGAAAACCUCGAUCUGGCUGCGAUCUUGAAGUACGGAAAGAGGCUGCUGGGGAGUGCCGGCAAGGAGUACGAGUAUUCCCUGGCCGCCCUGGACCCGGCAUCCCGGUUGCAGCACCAGAAGAAAACCUUGACCUCCCGUCUCGGACUUGCCGGUGAAUACAUCGAGGAGGACUUGAUCGACGACACCGAUCUCGCCCUGAAGACCCCGGGAAUCAAGGACGAAGGCCCCCACAAGGAAAACAACAACCACAGUCUCGCGACGCCAUCCCUGGCAUCGCCCGUCGAAAACACCAAUGGAGAGGAGCCGGGCCUCAGCAAGCGCCAAUUGAACCAGCUCAAGCGCAAAAACAAGCAGAGCGCGAGGAUGGGCGCGAACAAAGUCCGCGUGGUUGAUCUGUCGGCACGGAGACCGUCGGACAACGUCACCACCCCUUCGGCCACGACGCCUCAUCCGGUCAAGACGGAAAACGGAGAGGAACGCAACGGCGACUCGAAACAGGACUACUUCUCUCUCGAACGGUCGGAAGGCGGCGAUGACGACCAAAAGAUUGUCGCCGAGUUCAAGGGCGCAGUUGCCCCGGAAAAGCCCCUCAUACAGCCAGAAAUUCCCGACGACGGUCCCAGUCUCUCAUGGCCAUACGAUCCGAUGUGUGACUUCCUGAUGGUGGAUAUCUUUGAUCCCAACUGGGAGGUCCGUCACGGAGCUGCGAUGGCCCUCCGAGAGGUCAUCCGCGUUCAAGGCGCGGGGGCCGGACGUGUACGGGACAAGAGCAGGCUCGAGAACGAUGCGUUGAACCGCAAAUGGCUGGAUGAUCUGGCUUGCCGUCUCCUCUGUGUUCUGAUGCUCGACCGGUUUGGUGACUACAUCUCCGACAACGUUGUUGCUCCUAUCCGGGAAACGGUGGGCCAGACUUUGGGUGCGCUCCUAUCGCAACUCCCGUCGCGAUCCGUGGUUUCUGUCUAUAAAUGCCUGUACCGGAUCGUUAUGCAGAACGACUUGGGCCUGGAACGUCCCAUCUGGGAAGUCUGCCACGGCGGCAUGAUCGGCCUGAGAUAUCUAGUGGCGGUCCGCAAGGAUAUCCUAAUAAAGGACCGCAGUCUCAUGGAUGGUGUCCUGGAGGCAGUCAUGAGGGGCCUGGGUGACUACGACGACGAUGUUCGCGCGGUGAGUGCGGCUACACUCGUGCCCAUGGCCGAGGAGUUUGUUGCCACUCGCCAGACUACGCUAGGAAGCCUGAUGAACAUCGUCUGGGACUGUCUCUCCAACCUGCAGGAUGACCUGAGUGCUAGUACCGGCUCCGUCAUGGACCUUCUGGCGAAGCUUUGCACGUUCCGCGAGGUCCUGGAUGCCAUGAAGGCCAAUGCUGCGGUUGAUCCGGAGUCGUCGUUCGGGAACCUCGUGCCCCGUCUCUAUCCAUUCCUGCGUCACACAAUCACCAGCGUGCGGUCUGCCGUCCUUCGUGCUCUCAUGACCUUCCUACAACUAGAGGGCGAGGGUACCAACGAAUGGGUGAAUGGGAAGGCAUUGCGCUUGGUUUUCCAAAAUCUACUGGUAGAGCGGAAUGAGGGCGUGCUCAAGUUGUCCCUCCAGGUCUGGUCCGAGUUGCUCAAGGCUCUCGAGAGUCGGGGGUCGUUCCAGGCCGAGACCGACCUCUUGAGUUAUGUCCAGCCUCUCAUCACCUUGACCAUCGCCCCAUUCGGCGUUCCCAGAUACCCUAUCCCCAUGAACGCAUCUCUUUUCAUCAAGCCGUCUGGUGUACCUUUCCCAAUGAGCGCUUCUGCACCCGCGAAAUCAUCACCGACUGGUGGCAAUGCCGCCCCCGACGGAGCGAAGAAGCGUGGGCGGAAAGCAGAGAAGAAAGAAGCGCCUUCGCCUUCGGCCCACAACGUGGAUGGGCACAUGCUCCAGGGCGAUAUCGACUUGGUUGGCGCAGACACCAUGCUGAGGUCGAAGAUCUAUGCGGCAAAGGCGCUGGGGAACCUGCUUCACUUCUGGGAUAGGAAUGAGCUUUCCAGUCUCUGGCAGUCUAUCUUGGAGGGUCUCCAAUACUCGGCCUCCACGUCGCAGCUCUCCACUGCUAUGGUCGUGGAAGAAUACGCCAGGGUCUCUGGCCCUGGAAGCAAGUAUACUUCCAUUCUGUGCGACCAGAUGCGCCCGAUUAUCGAAGCCGACCGUCCGUUGUGGUACAGCGACAUUGCGUGCUACCUCCAUGUCGCCCGUGCGCAGUGCCACUCGUUACUCAACACCUUCCGAGACCACGCCCACGUCCCUAGCUCUAGACUGCCGACCCUUGCGGUCGUCGUCCAAGGAGACCCCGAGGCGGGGCCCAGUGCGUUCUCUCUCACGGAUGCCGAAAAGGUCGUCGGGCCCGAUUUCGAGCGGCUCAAGAAGGGGUUGGCGCCUGCACAACGCAUCACCGCGCUGCAGGUCCUCAACGACACCCGCGCGACCGCCCAAAGCGCGAUCGAGGAGGCAAGGAGUGUCCGGGAGCAACGGGACCUGCGUGUGCGGGCUGCAGCCGCCGGUGCGCUGGUGGCGCUGCACGACAUCCCCAAGAAACCCAGCCAUAUUAUCAAGGGAAUGAUGGACAGCAUCAAGAAGGAAGAGAACGCCGACCUGCAACAGCGCUCUGCCACCGCAGUCGCGACGUUGGUGGAGUACUACACCACCGCAGCCAAGCGAGGCCCAGUCGACAAAGUCAUCGGCAACCUGGUCAAGUAUUGCUGCGUGGACACCUCCGAGACGCCCGAGUUCCACCACAACGCAACCCUGGAGAAAUCGAUCCUGUCGCUUCGCAAGGAAGAAGACCGGCGCGACCAUCCGGAUGCCGCGAAGUUCGAGCGAGAGGCAAAGGAAGCGCGGAUCAUGCGCCGGGGUGCCAAGGAUGCCCUCGAGCAACUGGCAGUCAAGUUUGGGGCCGACCUUUUGGAGAAGGUUCCCAACCUGGCCUCUUUGGUCGAGCGGCCUCUCAAAGACGCCCUCGCCGGCGAUCUCCCAGAAGAAAUUCUCAACCCCGACAACGACCUGGGCCAGGAGGUUGUGGAUGGCCUUUCCACGUUGCGCGCCCUGCUACCCAAGUUCGACACUGGUCUGUAUCCCUGGGUGGUCGGCCUCAUGCCUGUUAUUGCCAAGGCCCUGCAAUGCCGGCUUUCGGUCAUCAGAUACGCAGCUGCCAAGUGCUUUGCCACGCUCUGCAGUGUCAUAGCCGUCGAUGGCAUGACAAUGCUGGUCGAGAAAGUAUUACCGACAAUCAACGAUCCCUUGGAUGUCCACUACCGCCAAGGAGCCGUCGAGUGCAUCUACCAUCUCAUCCAUGUGAUGGAAGACGGCAUUCUUCCGUAUGUCAUCUUCCUCGUGGUGCCUGUUUUGGGACGGAUGAGCGACUCGGACAACGAUGUCCGCCUACUCGCCACGACGUCGUUCGCUACCCUGGUCAAACUUGUUCCUUUGGAGGCGGGUAUCCCGGACCCACCGGGUCUUUCUCAGAAGCUGCUCCAGGGACGAGACCGGGAGAGGAAAUUCAUGUCUCAGAUGCUGGACGUGCGCAAGGUGGAAGAGUUCCAGCUGCCGGUUUCGAUCAAGGCCGAGCUCAGACCUUAUCAGCAAGAAGGUGUCAACUGGCUUGCUUUCCUCAACCGAUACAACUUGCACGGUAUCCUCUGUGACGACAUGGGUCUUGGUAAGACUCUUCAGACGAUCUGCAUUGUCGCGAGUGACCACCACAUGCGCGCCGAUGAGUUUGAGCGGACCCAGGCGGCGGACGUGCGCAAGCUGCCGUCCCUGAUCGUCUGUCCCCCGUCGCUUUCGGGACAUUGGCAGCAGGAGAUCAAGCAAUACGCCCCCUUCCUGAACAGCGUUGCCUAUGUUGGACCUCCGGUAGAGCGCGCCAAGUUGCAGAGCAGCCUUGCUGAUGCCGAUAUUGUCGUGACAUCUUACGACAUCUGCCGGAACGACAGUGAUGUGCUACGCCCGAUAAGCUGGAACUACUGCGUCUUGGACGAGGGACAUCUCAUCAAGAACCCCAAGGCGAAGGUCACGGUCGCGGUCAAGCGCAUUGUCAGCAACCACCGGCUGAUCCUCUCCGGUACUCCGAUCCAGAACAACGUGUUGGAGCUGUGGUCUCUGUUCGACUUCCUGAUGCCCGGGUUCCUCGGAACGGAGAAGGUCUUCCUGGACCGGUUCGCCAAGCCGAUCGCGGCCAGUCGCUUCAGCAAAUCGUCGUCCAAGGAACAAGAAGCCGGCGCUCUUGCCAUCGAGGCGCUGCACAAGCAAGUGCUUCCGUUCUUGCUGCGUCGUCUAAAGGAGGAGGUGCUGAACGACCUGCCACCGAAGAUCAUUCAGAACUACUACUGCGACCCCAGUGACCUGCAGAAGAGACUCUUCGAGGACUUCUCGAAGAAGGAGCAAAAGGAGCUCGCCGACAAGCUGGGCAGCUCUGAGAAGUCGGACAAGGAGCACAUCUUCCAGGCCCUGCAGUACAUGCGUCGUCUCUGCAACUCGCCCGCCCUCGUAGUCAAGGAGGGCCACAAGCAGUACAAUGAAGUCCAGCAGUACCUCAGUGCGAAGCAGUCCAAUGUCCGCGACGUGUCUCACGCGCCGAAGCUCAGCGCGCUGCGCGACCUGCUGCUCGACUGCGGCAUUGGCGUGGACCCGCCGACGGAGGGCGACCUCAGCACGGGGGCCAGCUACGUGAGCCCGCACCGAGCGCUGGUGUUCUGUCAGAUGAAAGAGAUGCUGGAUAUCGUGCAGAGCGAGGUCUUCCGCAAGCUUCUGCCCUCGGUGCAGUACCUCCGCCUGGACGGUAGCGUGGAGGCGACCAAGCGCCAGGACAUCGUCAACCGCUUUAACUCGGACCCUAGCUACGAUGUUCUGCUCCUGACCACCAGCGUUGGUGGAUUGGGACUGAACCUCACGGGAGCCGACACGGUCAUCUUCGUGGAGCACGACUGGAACCCGCAGAAGGAUAUCCAGGCGAUGGACCGAGCCCAUCGUAUCGGACAGAAGAAGGUCGUCAACGUCUACCGGUUGAUCACGCGCGGCACUCUCGAGGAGAAGAUCUUGAAUCUCCAACGCUUCAAGAUCGACGUGGCCUCGACAGUGGUCAAUCAACAGAACGCGGGCCUCAACACGAUGGACACAGACCAGCUACUCGACCUCUUCAAUCUCGGCGAAACGGCCGACAACGCCGAGAAGCCCACCGAGCAAGCCGGCAACGAAGUCGACAUGGUCGACAUCGACGGCGAAGUCAAAGAAAAGGGCAAGAAGGGCUGGCUGGACGAUCUCGGCGAGCUCUGGGACGACCGCCAGUACCAGGAGGAGUACAACCUGGAUUCGUUCCUGGCUACCAUGAAGGGGUGA